AUGGGAGGAAGAGCGUCAGUGGGGGAGAGAUCAGGGGGCGGAGUGGCAGGGGGUGGGGCGGAAGGAGGGUCCGGAGGAGGGGGCGGGGGCGAUUGGUCAGGGGGGGUUGGUGGCGGGUGCAACGGGGGUGGUGGCGAGGGAGGGGGUGGAUCCGGUUGGGGGGGAGGGGGAGAGGGCGGAUUGGGGGAAGGAGGUGGAGGGGAGGGGGGCGGAGGAGAGGGUGAUGGGGGCGAGGGAUUUGGCGCGGCGGGCGCGGACUGCGGCUCCGCGGACUGGGGCUCCGCGGACAGCGACGGCGCGUGGCUGGGGGGUGGCGAGGACACGUCGAGAGCCGCGAGGACGGGGAGGGCGCGGUGCGAUGCGGCGCGCGGUGAGGGCGAUGCGAGGCGGGGCGCCGUGGAUGGUGGCGAUGUGGCGGCGGCGGCGGAGGCAGGAGAGGAGGAGGAGGAGGAGGAGGAGGAGGAGGAGGAGGAGGAGGAGGAGGAGGAGGAGGAGGAGGAGGAGUGUGGGGGUGGUACAUGCGGUGAUAUCAUGGGGGCGGACGGGGUUAAUGGCGGGGAGGAGGAUAUAGGGGGGGAGGAGUCCGACUGGGCAGGCAAGGGAGUGGAAGGAGGGGAAAGAGGCGGAAAGGAAGUGGAAGGUGAGUGGGUGGGCGAAGAAGCGGGAAGCGGAGCGGGUGGGGAUGAGGCGGAGAGCGGCGGUGGGGUGGUUGAUUGA